GACAGAAGAGGACUACAUCCCUUAUCCCAGCGUUCAUGAGGUUCUGGGUCGUCGUAGCCCUUUUCCACUCAUCCUGCUGCCCCAGUUUGGAGGUUACUGGAUUGAGGGAACCAAUCAUGAGCCUAAAGACCCACCAGAGGCAGAUCAACCUCCCUGUCCUACCUCCCACAUCAAACUGGAGACCAAUAGCACCGCCAAGAUCUACAGGAAACAAUUCAUGGGCAAGGAACACUUUAAUUAUUACACCAUGGAUGCUGCCCUGGGCCACUUGGUCUUCUCCAUGAAGUAUGAUGUCAUUGGGGAUCAAGAGCAUCUGCGCUUGAUGCUUCGCACCAAGCUAAAAACCCACCAUGAUGUGAUUCCCAUCUCCUGCCUUACCGAGUUCCCCAAUGUGGUUCAGAUGGCCAAGCUUGUUUGUGAAGAGGUAAACGUGGAUAGGUUUUACCCUGUCCUCUACCCAAAGGCAUCAAGGCUCAUUGUCACCUUUGAUGAGCAUGUGAUCAGCAAUAACUUCAAAUUUGGGGUUAUUUAUCAAAAGUUUGGCCAGACAUCAGAGGAGGAGCUGUUUGGCAACAUGGAAGAAAGCCCUGCCUUUGUCGAGUUCUUGGAAUUUCUGGGCCACAAGAUCGAGCUUCAUGACUUUAAAGGGUUUCGGGGUGGGCUGGAUGUCACUCACGGGCAGACGGGGACAGAAUCUUACUACACAAGUUUCCAUAAUAAGGAGAUUAUGUUCCAUGUGUCCACCAAGCUGCCUUACACAGAGGGAGACUCGCAGCAGCUGCAGAGGAAGAGGCACAUAGGCAACGACAUUGUGGCCAUCGUGUUCCAGGAGGAGAACACACCCUUUGUACCAGACAUGAUCCAGUCCAACUUCCUGCAUGCAUAUGUGGUGGUGCAGGUGGAGAACGCUUGUACAGACAAUGUCACCUACAAGAUGUCUGUGACAGCGAGGGAUGAUGUACCUUUCUUUGGGCCUGCUCUGCCUGACCCUGCCAUCUUCAAAAAGGGCCCAGAGUUGCGUGAGUUCCUCUUCACCAAGCUCAUCAAUGCGGAGUACGCCUGCUACAAGGCUGAGAAGUUUGCCAAGCUAGAGGAGCGUACACGUUCAGCCCUGUUGGAGACUCUGUAUGAGGAGCUGCACAUCAACAGCCAAUCCAUGAUGGGUAUGGGUGGAGAUGAAGAUAAGCUGGAGAACGGAGGCGGAGGAGGAGGAGGAGGCUUCUUUGAAUCCUUUAAGCGGGUCAUCCGCAGCAGAAGCCAGUCUAUGGACGCCAUGGGCCUCAGUAACAAGAAGUCACACACAGUCUCCACUAGUCACAGUGGCAGCUUUACCCACAAUCCCGCAGAGAGCCCCAAAACCCCAGGGAUUUCAUUGCUUGUCCCAGGGAAAAGUCCCAGUAAAUAUGGACGGCGAGGCAGUGCCAUAGGGAUAGGAACCAUAGAAGAGUCAUUGAUAAUUCCUGGAAAAAGCCCAACCAGGAAAAAGUCUGGGCCCUUCAGCUCCCGUCGCAGCAGCGCCAUUGGCAUCGAGAACAUCCAGGAGGUCCAAGAGAGGAGCCGGGAGGUGUCACCCAGCACCCAGAGGUUACCGGACAGCAGCCUCUUGUCACAGGAAAACAAAUCAGACAACUCCUCCAAUCAUAGUUCUCCAGAGUUUGCUGCUACUAAGAACAGUUUGGCGAUGUGUUGCAGGGCGCCGUCCAUCCCCGAGGCUCAGGACCUUUCCCGCUCCUCCUCCAACGCCAGCAGCUUUGCCAGCGUUGUGGAGGAGCACGAGAACGAGCAUGAGGCCGAGGAGGAGUACGACACUGGACUGGAAAGUGUAUCCUCUGUUACGCCACUGAAGAGAGACUCAUUUGGGUACAGCUCUGGGGUGGAGGACAGUGCGUGCAGUACCAGCCAGGGAGGUUUUUCAGCAGCUUCUCGUCCUCAGCAGCAACCUGACGGAGUGAAGGCGUCAGAGCCAAAAGCGACAGACAGCCGGCCCAAGACAGAGCGCCCCCCGCAGGAGCACAAGUUCUCAGCGAACUGUUAGCCACGCCCCACUGAUCACUACAUCGACAUCCAUUUUCAGCUUUCCCUCAAGAGGCACAUCUUGCCAAAAACGAGCCAAGGGCAUGUGAACUCAAACACAGACGCAGAACAGGAGCAGGAGUUAG